ACGAUGCUAAGUACAGAAACCUCCUCUUUCCAUUUAGCCUUUGGAAAACGCACGUAACGCCUAAAGCGAGGACGAACGCCCACCAGCGGGCACCGCCCCCGCUUAGCCCCACCCCUGCCAGGACCCUGCGUCCUCGCUAUUGGUUCCUUUCCCUGCGCCGUCGGUUGCCGUGGAGACCAAGGCUAUGGCAACCAGGAGAAGCCAAACUUGGUCCUUCCUCUGGAACCGCGUAGGGGUCCCGGGCAAGCGGCCGGAAUCCGGGCGGCGUUCAUGGCGCUUUACGAGCUCUUCUCUCACCCGGUGGAGCGCGGCUACCGCGCGGGGCUCUGCUCCAAGGCCGCGCUGUUCCUGCUGCUGGCCGCCGCGCUCACGUACAUCCCGCCGCUGCUGGUGGCCUUCCGGAGCCACGGGUUUUGGCUGAAGCGGAGCAGUUACGAGGAGCAGCCGACCGUGCGCUUCCAGCACCAGGUGCUGCUCGUGGCCUUACUGGGACCCGAGCCCGGCGGGUUCCUCGCCUGGAGCACGUUCCCCGCCUUCAACCGGCUGCAGGGGGAUCACCUGCGCGUCCCGCUCAUUUCGACUCGAGAAGAAGACAGGAACCAGGAUGGGAAAAUGGAUAUGUUACAUUUUAAACUAGAGCUUCCCCUGCAGUCCACGGAGCACGUUCUCGGUGUGCAGCUGAUCUUGACUUUCUCCUACCAAUUGCACAGGAUGUCCACGUUCGUGAUGCAGAGCAUGGCGUUUCUCCAGUCCUCCUUCGCCGUUCCAGGGUCCCAGCUGUCUGUGAACGGGGACCUGAGGCUGCAGCAGAAGCAGCCCCUGAGCUGCGGUGGCCUCGAUGUCCGAUACAACGUGUCCGUAAUUAACGGGACCAGCCCUUUUGCCUCUGACUACGACCUCACCCGCAUUGUUGCUGCUUACCAGGAAAGGAAUGUAACCACCGUCCUGAUAGACCCCCACCCCAUCUGGCUGGUGGGAAGGGCUGCCGAAGCUCCAUUUGUGAUUCACGCUGUCAUCCGAUACCCGAUGGAAGUCAUUUCAUAUCUACCUGGAUUCUGGGAAAUGAUCAAGUUUGCCUGGAUCCAGUAUGGAGAAGUGUAUAAGGAGCACUUAUCAUAAGAAGACCGCUUCUGGGAACUAAGCAGGAUCCUGCCUACCUCAUUGUUGUCUUCUGAGACUGCCAUCUUAAGAAGUUUUUGCAAAGAGCCCAAGGACAGGUGCCGGUGUGUGUGUUUUUCCUAUCAGAGACAAAGGACAAUCCUUUCUCAUUUUUCUCUACACAAAUCCAUUUCUUCUAAGCACCUACAAACUCAUCAGGGACUAGUUUGUGGAAGCAUCCAAGGGUUCUCGAAGGCUAUAAUUUGCUGCUUUUUUUUUUUCUUUUCUUUCUUUUUUUUUUUUUUUUUUGGCCUUAGGCUUGAAUUUCAGGAGAAAACUACAAUUAGUUCAGAAGUCUUGGAAAGAGUCCCAUCUCUGGUCAAGGAAAGACUUUUCCUCUCUUGAACUGAGAAACAUGCUAUGCAUUUCUUCCCACUAUUGUAAACCACUCUUUACUCUUUUUCAGGGCUCUCCUGAGAGAGAUAUGCAAAUCAGUAGCACUUUCCAGUCCUGAGCAUCUAAAUUUCCCAUUCAGAACUUUGGUUUCCAUCACUGAGAGGCCUUGAAGGGGAGAAUGGGAGCGAGAGUAAGGGAGCGCUCGAGAGCACAUGCACGCACACGUGUGCGGGUGGGCGACUCUCAGGCACGAGGACCACCUGCCCUCAGUCUAACAGACAGUCGUCUGUCAUCAGCUCAGCUGAGCGACCCUUUAUCCCUGCCCUGCUGUGGCUGGCUUGUUGCCCUGCCAUUCGCCCUGUCUGUGCCGCUGGAACAGCAGGCUUCAGCCAGACUGCUGUUUCGUUCACAAUCCCCUCAGCAACAGUGGGGGAAGUAAGGAUGGUAACCACAGUCUCUUUCUCUCAGCCCUCCUCCAACAGCCUGGACACUUGCCACUUCUCCUCCUUGACAGCCCUCCCCCUUCUUGAAAAGGACAUGGGUGACAGAGGAGCUGUUGUUGGUAUUUGCUCCCUCUGCCAACCCCCACAAAGUGUAUUUGGAGGGCUUGCGGGAAACGCAGCUACUUGUAUUUCCCUUAAUGAAGGAACAGGGUGGCCAUCAGAGUGAGCAGCUUUGGGAUGGACACAGAAGGUGAGUGAGGGGAUAGAAGGGAUGAUCGCCAGCCCACCUUAUCUGGCCUGGCCAUUAGCAAAAUGACAAGCAGUCUAGCAGGUUCUUGCUUAAGUGAGCGUCUGCAGGAUGGGAUGGCUGAAAUGGGCCUCUCUUGCACAUGGAAGACGAGUUCUCCAUUCUUGGCCUGCAUAGAAGAGCUGUCCUCAAAGGACAAAUGGAUCUACUUUAUGAUCCCAAGAUAUCAUUGGCACUGGAGACACGCCUGCUGUGAUCCAUAGGUCAUGCCCACUCACAAACACACUCCUCACUUAUGCCUCAGUUUACCUUGGAGAUUCAGUUCUCAUUUCCAAAGCACCUUUUCUUUCAGGCUGACCAAAAUAAGAGCUGACCAAAAUAACAGCUCUUUUGAAGUAUUCAAGCACAUAAAUAGCUUACCCCUGGCCCCUCUGCCUUUUCUUUUAAUAUCUAGAGCUGUUUAUAUACCUAAGCAUUUUUUCUUGGAUAUAAAUGAAAAAAAAAAAAAACGGUUUCUGGUUUGAAUCACAAAAAGGUAACGAAUAUGGAAAGAUAGCUAAAGAUGUGAAUAAACACUGGUCUGCAUUUUGUGAAAUUAUUUUAAUGCAAAAUUUGUAUAAAGAACCGUGACGUUUUGUACCUUUUUAAUUAAAAUAUUGAAAAUGGAA